GUGGGUGUGAGACGCCAUGGAACCCACUUUUUUUUUUUUAUUUUUUAUUUUUUUUUCUUACUUCUCAAUUCCCAUCGUCUUACCAACGUUCGGUUCUUCCUGGAUUUUACUUAUCUUUUCUUAUUAUAAUCUUCUCUGUUGUACCCUUUGUCAGUUUGACAACCUAACAUCUAGUCUUUCUCCAAAUAUAUCCGUGAGAAGAUAUUAUGGCAUUUGCCACGGACGAUAGUAGAGAACCGAAACCCACCAAAAGCUACAGAGAAAACCAAUACGUCCCUUUAAGUCAACCACAGAUGCAGGCUUCAAAUCGUCACAAGCCCUCCGAUCUUCCAUCUGCACCCGUCAUGAUACCCAAUGAUAUUCCUAAUCUCGAUCAGUGGAACAAAUCGUACGGUUUUUGUUACAUUCCUCAAGAACACAGCAUGACCAUGGACACAAUCCCGCUGUUUUCGUCAGCGUUCAAUUUUCUUGGCGACAUUCAUACUCACCCUAUCGCCAUGAGUCCACCACAAACGCCUCUUACCAAUGCCUAUGAAAACAACGGACAUCCUACAACUCCAACAGAGUAUUCAGCGGCAACGUCCGAAUAUUCAGGCUUUGACGUUAAUACGUUGAUGCCUGCUUCACCACCAGAGAGUUAUGCUUCUGCCAACUCUCCAACCCCUGCAGCAACCGAAGUCAUAUUGAAUGAAGCUCUUUCAAGUUUCCAUAUCUCCUAUGGAGAAUCUGGUAUUAGCAUGGAAACCAAUGUUUCGAGCGCUAGUGGCUUACGUUCGUUGAUCGAAACGUUUAGUCAGAUUGGUAUAACUCCCAAGUCUCCCACUUCCCACAAUCGAAUGUCGUUUAGCAGCACAACGAGCGAUAAGAGCAAUGUGCUUAGUAAAAAUCGACAAUUUUCUACUCAGCCCGUCAACUUUUUUGAGAAACUCGGCCGAGCAUUGUAUGCCAACCAACGACUUGAACAAACUACUGCUUUAAAGCAACAAAUUGUCAGUGGUUGUGUCGAUGCCUUUUUCGUAUGUUGGAUACGCUAUUCUCCGGUCCUCAAUCGUCAGCAAUUUGAAGAAUGGUAUCAUUCUGAACCCCUACCUACCGAUACUUUUUUGGUCAACGCUAUUUGUGCAUUUACCGUCAAGCAUAUGAUGAUUCACCAUCCGUGUGCAGCCAGCGCUGAAAUUCCUCUGUCACAUAACCAUAUCAAAGACAUGGAGAGCUACUUCUUUGAAAAGGCAAAGCAAGCUUUGGAACAAAACUUUGAUCAUUCGGAUCGAUACUCUGUCAUCGGCAUGCUGUUAAUGGCUUUUCGAGCUGAAGACAAGAAAGCCACUGUCUAUUCUGGGAUGGCGACUAGAGCACUGCAUGAGUUGGAUGUGUCACCAAGAAUGCUAUCACAACAUGCAACAAUAGACUACAACGACAAUGCAGCGUAUGAAAAGGAACUUGACACUCGGCUCUGGUGGUUUGCCUGGGUCACCGAUUUUGCUGUUUACUCAGGAGGUGGCUUUUCCAAGAACACCCCACAGACCCGAUUUAGAGGAGAAGUCGAUUUACCUCAGCCGUUCCCUCAAGACAAGAACGAGGCCGCGCAUGCUAUUCCGAUGUAUCGACAUGGUUUGCAGAUAUGGAGACUGCAAGCAGAUAUCAUUUACAGUCUAUAUGAAAGCUCAGACGACGAUGCUCUCACCACAGAGCAAUUAGACAGCUUUGAACUCACCUUACAAGAGCUACGCACAAAUUUACCUGAUCGCUACCGACUAGACACUGGAUACCAAUUUACAACCCCGUCCGCCUUCAUUGGCUGUUUAAGGAUACAAAUUGAAUUAUGUGCUACCCACAUCAUAUUACACAAGCUCUUUUUACCAGAUGCCAGUAACAUCGAACAGAUGUCAGAUAAUUCUCUCAUCUCUUUGAACCGCUGCUUAUACUCUGCUAUCCAGCAACUCAAAAUGUUGAAGACGACCCUCGAACUUCCCGGUGGAGCAUGCUCGUUUGAUCGAGAUGAGUUAUGGCGUUCAUCUGAAAUCAUUUCAAUGGCUUUGACGAUACACAGUAAUUGCUCAACCAAGGCUCAGCAACUGAUCAUGGAGGGAAUAGAAUUUUCGGAUAUUCAAGGUGCAUUGCCAUUGGCUCUUCAAAUCAUAAGAAACACUCGAGAAGAUCGGUUUGGAGCGAACUUGAAUUUCAGUCAAUUAAAGGAAUGGAUAGAAGAAGAAAUUAAGAAGCACAACCUGACGGUUCCCCAGCCCAUUAAUUUUUCUCAGCAUAAGCAGCGACCUGAGCCAAAAGAAGUAACGGCAGCCAUCAAGAAAAAAACAUUGUAUAAGCAAGAAACAGAUUACGAUACUGUAUCAUUUACCAUUUCACCUUCCACAUCCUCACCACCUUCUACAUCUCAUCCACCGAACAAAAUGCACAAAUCAUCCCAUACCAAAUCCACCAGUAACAUCGCUGUUCAAUUUCAAAACAGCUUUGGUCCUCCACCUUCUCCUGCCGUUUCUUCUCCAAUGUACACCAAAUCAGAAGCCAAAUCACAGCGAGUGGUGGAAACUCGUGGCUUUGUGAACCAAGUUGGAUGGUCAUCCACUUAUGUCAAAGGUCAACCACGGUUCAGAUAUUUCAGUCCCAAAACGUCGGACAAGCUCAUGUUCAUUGAUGAGAACCCAAUGGUAUGAAUAGGUCAAUUAAUGGUGAUGUUACUAUAGUUUCUGCAAAUCGUUCUCCCAUUUCUCCUGCUCAUUUAAUUCGUUUCGUGUUACAUAUUUUCCUUUGUCCUUGUACGUUUAGUUUUCUUAUUUACCUUGUUUAGCCAGCCAGUUCAUCUCAUAUAUAUUAUUAUCCCUUUUCUUGUUUUCUUUCAAUACCCUCCACAUUUUUCAGAACAGUCUCUUAUCUCACGAGAUGUCACAUUCGAGUACCCCCUUGUCACAGUGCAAAUAAAACAUACAAUUCAUUUCAUUCAACAGACCCAACGAUAACAUCUUAUAGACAUUUUUACGAUAUGAUACACAAA